CCUGCGGCCGCCGGGGCGGGGCGGCGAUGGCGGCGGCGCGGCGGGAGCGGGGGCGGCCGGACCGCACGGCCUUCACGCAGCAGCGACUCCCGGCCUGGCAGCCGCUGCUGUCGGCGGGCAUCGCGCUGCCGCUCUUCUUCACGCUGGGCCUGGCCGGGCUGGCCGUGGGGCUGGGGCUGCACUUCUCCUCGGGCACCAUCCGCGAGCUGGAGCUGGACUACACGGGCGCCCUGGGCAGCAACCAGGACUGCGCCCGCUGCACCAAUGCCAGCGCCACCUCCGGCCCGUGCCUCUGCACCCUGCACUUUGAACUGGCCGAGCCCUUCCCGGGGCCGGUGUGCCUGUACUACCAGCUGUCCAACUACUACCAGAACCACCGGCGCUACGGUGUGUCCCGCGACGACCUGCAGCUCAGCGGGGACCCCUGGGGGCUGCGGCACCCAGCCGAGGAGUGCUGGCCCUACCGGCGGGACCCGCGGGGCCAGGCCGUGGCCCCCUGCGGCGCCGUUGCCAACAGCCUCUUCAACGACACCUUCGCCCUCCACCGCCUGGUCAACGGGUCCUUCAUGCCGGUGCCCCUGGACAGCCGGGGCAUCUCCUGGUGGACCGACUCCAACGUCAAGUUCCGCAACCCGGAGCUGGUGAACGGCAGCCUGGCCACCGCCUUCUGGGGCACGUCCAAGCCCCCCAACUGGCCCUGUGCCGCCUACCUGCUGGAUGCUGGCAACCCCAACAACACAGGCUUCGUCAACGAGGACUUCAUCGUGUGGAUGCGCACCGCCGCCCUGCCCACCUUCCGCAAGCUCUACCGCCGUGUCCACCAGGGCAACUUCUCCGCUGGCCUGCCCCGUGGAACCUACCGCCUCGACAUCAAUUACAGCUACCCUGUCCUCCCCUUCAAGGGCACCAAGAAGAAAACCAAGAAACAUCCAGACCUGGUUAGAAUGGCUGAACUCGUGGUUCAUAAUGUGAUAAGAGAAUAUUAUGUGCCUAACAGGUUACUGUUGAGCUAAAACUCUUCUCUACUACCCACAUUUCUAAUGACCCAGACUUAUUUCUUAUGCCUGAAAGAACUUCAUACAAUGCUGUUCCUCGUUUACUGCUUUCUAUUCUGAACUUCUGUGUUUCUUUAAACAUUUUUUCGCUACAAGUGAAACUUAAUAUGUUGUUUUCAUUGUUACAUGAAAAGGAGUAGUCAUGGGUUAUUCAUUUGCAUAAUUGCCUGGAGUUUGUGCUACAAACAUCAUAAUAGCUUUUAAAAUCUUCCAAUUCCAUUUACAAGUCUUCAAAUUUUUUUAGGUCUCACUAGCCUUUAUGGCUCUUAGCAUAUCAGUGCCUUCAAACCAAUAAAAGCAAUAUUUAAAUGAGUAUGCAUAGCAAGACCAAAGUGCUGACCUCCACAUCAGUGUCAUUUGAAUCAUACUUGAGAUAAGUUGUUAGCUGUCUUGAAUUACAAUAAUACUUUAGUUCCCUUAAUUUUUGUAGAAAUUUAGAUAGGGAGUGUAAAAUGAUCUUAAACUGAAAUGAAAAUAAAACACCCUGAACUGGAGCUGUCCAAAAAGAUAAACUUCAAAGGAGUAUCUAAUGUGAAAUGCCACAAUUUAAGUGGUAACAAUAAUAAAAAUAAAUAAAUAAAUAAAAUCACUUAUCAUUUUCUCUGCUUGUUUUCUGACUUUCCCCUUACUUAGAGCUUACUGAUGUAGGGAUAAGAUGUAACUUUACACAGAACGACCUACUCCAUAAUCUCUAAUACUCCAUGUGAGUAUUCUUAAUGUCCAGUAUCUGUGAGUAGUGCUGUCUUUGAAAGUGGAGAUUAAUUCUAUUACAUGGAGAGAUGUCUCUCUCUCUCUCCUCCUUAGAUAAAUUUUACUAAUCUUCUAAGCAAAAUUGGCUAGGUUUGAAGAAAGUUCUCUUAAUUUCACUUAAAAAGCACCAAUGGCAGAAAGUUCUCUUUGUGUUAUAGGUUUAUGCCUAAAACAGUAAUAUGGGAUGGUCCUUGUUUGUUUAUAUAUCUAUCUGGAUUUUGAGUAGUAUGGCCAAGAAUGGCAUUAGAUCAUUUCUAGACUAGAAAUGCUACCAGUGUGGGAGUAAAAAUGUAUCAAAAUCAUUGGUAAAAUAACUUCAUAGUAUUUCUUUUCUGGCAAAAUACCUGAUCAUAUAUAUGAAAUGGACCCAGGUAGUGGAAUGAUUAAAAGAGUAGAGUCUAAGUACAGCAGUGUUUAUAUUUUGUUUCAGUCCUGUGACUCUUUUGCUUUUUUGAGUGGUUGAGUUGCUGGCAGUUAAAAGUGAUGGUUGUGUAUGAGAAGUACUCUGUCUAGUUUUGAUGGCUGAAAUUCUGCAGCAUGUAAAUUAUUAUCUUUAGUUCACAGUGAGGCAGCUCUCCUUGUCACUUACCUGCCUGUGUUAGAAGUCUUUGGAUGUGGAGCUGCUAUCUUUACAGAACUUCUGUUCUCAGAGUUCUUCCUGUCUUAGUUAUAUAACGCAGGCUAAUGUCAAUGUGUUUUUAUACCAGCACUAUGUACUAAAGAGGUUUAUAGUCAUGGUUAUUGAAACUCUGAAAAAAAGCUUGAAAACAUUUACAUUUGCAGGGGAGGGGGAAGAGGUUGUUUAAAUGCUUUCUGGUAACAAAAAUAAUUGCAAGGUAUUUCUGAGUAUGACUUGUCUCACUAAACAACCGCUUUUCAACUUCUUCCAGAGUAGUUAAAUCUGGGGAAUGUUGCAAAAGCAAGGAAAGGCCUUUAGUCAAGCAAAUAUGACAGCCGAACUCUAUAAUCGAGUGACCAAAUUGGAUUGUUACAUUUCUGCAGAAUUCUCAGAAGUUAACAAAAUUGCUGUGGUGUAACUGGGGCCAGAAUUUGUUUUAUUUCAUAUAGUUCUUACUAACUACUCUUUGAAAGUAGAGAGUACUUUGAGAGAAUCUGUUUCAUCUCUCAAGUGUUGUGUAGAAUGGAAAAAUACUUACGCUGAAGUCUCAUUGGUCCAGAGAGAGAGAGAGCGAAGCAGUAAAAGAGCAGGGGUUUUUUCUCUUUAAAAUUUCAUUUAAAAUAUUGCAUUAAAGUGUUAAUUUUGAGUUUUUGGUUAAUGGAAAAAUUCAGCAUGUCUUUGACUCAGUAUUCACUUCAGGUUUACUCAUCAGAACUCCUUUCACCUGUAAUAAUCUAAAUUGAAAAUCUAACUUUAUCAUGAUAAAUUUUUCUCUGUUUAAAGGUGAAACUAAGUUUCUCAGUUUCAUUUGUGGCUUAUGCUAUCUUUUUAGUCAAUACCAUCUUUUAGGUUUUAUGCCUUAACAUAAGAUCUCUGUUUUAUAGGCAUCUAUAAACCUUCAGGGAAAUAUAGUAUUAUUCCCUAUUCAGCUGCAGUUAAAAAUAGAUUUUAAUCUUCCAUUAUAACAUAGCUGUUAAACUCAGUUGUCCCUUUAUCUUGGUGAAUGUGCUGUCUUUCAUGUUGUGUAAAGAAUAAAUUGAAAUGGGGAAGAAGGGGAAACUCAUGUGAUUUGUGGAGCUUCAGGCUCCACAAAUAUAGGAUUGUGUAUUGCUAAGGUGGAGGGAGUGGUAAAUUUUAAUAAAAUGCUUUGGAAGGAUA